UCUAUCUGUACUUUAUUAUCAUCUCCCCCCCUCUCUCUCUCUCUCUCUCUCUCUCUGUGUGUUGGACAUCGACACAAGACUCAAAAUAACGCAAAAUUUUAUCUGAAACAGAAACCAAAAACACCGAACAUGUCUGAGAUUCUCUCUUCCCUAAGGUCACUAAUGGCCUCUCACUCUCCUCCUCUCGACGCUCUCGUCGUCCCUUCCGAAGACUAUCACCAGAGCGAGUAUGUUUCUGCUCGAGACAAACGCCGUGAGUUCGUGUCUGGAUUUACUGGAAGUGCAGGUUUGGCGCUGAUCACGAAGAACGAAGCAAGGCUUUGGACUGAUGGACGCUACUUCUUGCAAGCGAUCCAACAGCUUAGUGACGAGUGGACACUCAUGCGUAUGGGUGAAGAUCCUCUUGUUGAAGUUUGGAUGUCUGAUAAUCUUUCUGAAGAAGCAAACAUAGGCGUUGAUCCAUGGUGUGUCUCCGUAGACACAGCUAACAGAUGGGGAAAAGCCUUUGCUAAGAAGAGCCAAAACCUUAUCCCGACAACAACCGAUCUUGUGGACGAAGUCUGGAAGAGCCGUCCACCUCCCGAGAUGAACCCUGUUCUUGUCCAUCCCUUGGAGUUUGCUGGCCGCUCCGUCUCCGAGAAGUUGAAAGAUUUGAGAGCAAAGCUUAAGCAAGAGAGUGCGCGUGGUUUAGUCAUCGCUGCUCUUGACGAGGUUGCUUGGCUUUACAACAUCCGUGGAACGGACGUUGCGUACUGUCCCGUUGUUCACGCCUUUGCAAUCCUUACAACCGACUCUGCGUUCCUCUACGUGGACAAGAAGAAGUUAUCUGAUGAGGCGAGUGAGUAUUUCAAAGGGCUUGGCGUAGAAGUCAAGGAGUACACAGAUGUGAUCUCAGAUGUGGCGUUGCUCGCUUCUGAUCGACUCUUUUCAUCGUUCUCAUCUAAAGGCGAGGCUACUAAGGACAUGGAGAUUGAUUCUGAGAAGACUGAUCGGUUGUGGGUGGACCCUGCUUCUUGCUGCUAUGCGCUUUAUUCCAAGUUGGAUGCUGAUAAGGUCCUCUUGCAACCAUCUCCUCUCUCACUCCCAAAAGCCUUAAAGAACCCUGUUGAGCUCGAAGGACUCAAGAAAGCACAUGUUCGUGAUGGUGCAGCUGUUGUCCAGUUCCUUGUUUGGCUCGAUCAACAGAUGCAGGAGCUUUAUGGAGCAUCUGGAUACUUUAUAGAAGCAGAGGCAAACAAAAAGAAACCAACUAGUGAGAACUCUAAGCUUACUGAAGUGACUGUGAGUGAUAAGCUGGAAAGUCUCCGAGCUGCCAAAGAGCAUUUUAGAGGGUUAAGCUUUCCUACUAUAUCAUCUGUUGGUUCAAACGCUGCCAUCAUUCACUACUCACCAGAGCCUGAAGCUUGUGCUGAGAUGGACCCUGACAAAAUCUACUUAUGUGAUUCAGGAGCACAGUAUCUCGAUGGAACUACUGAUAUAACAAGAACGGUUCACUUUGGGAAACCUUCAGCUCAUGAAAAGGACUGUUAUACCGCGGUGCUCAAGGGUCAUGUUGCACUUGGGAAUGCUAGGUUUCCUAAAGGAACAAACGGUUAUACACUUGAUAUUCUUGCGAGAGCUCCUUUGUGGAAGUAUGGUUUGGAUUAUCGACAUGGUACUGGUCAUGGAGUUGGCUCUUACCUUUUCGUUCAUGAAGGACCUCACCAAGUUAGUUUCAGACCUAGUGCUAGAAAUGUACCCCUUCAAGCUACCAUGACUGUAACAGAUGAACCUGGUUACUAUGAAGAUGGGAACUUUGGUAUUAGGCUAGAGAAUGUUCUUGUUGUCAAUAAUGCUGAAACUGAGUUCAAUUUUGGUGACAAGGGCUACUUGCAGUUCGAGCAUAUCACUUGGGCACCGUAUCAAGUGAAACUUAUCGAUCUAAAGCAGUUGACACGAGAAGAGAUCGAUUGGUUAAACACGUACCAUCUGAAAUGCAAGGACAUCCUAGCUCCGUUCAUGAACCGGACCGAAAUGGAAUGGCUCAAGAACGCUACCGAGCCUGUAACUGUAUUGGCUUGAAGCCCUCCCGGAUCUCUCUUACUAGAUGUUUAGCAAUGGCUUCUUCUGUGCUUUCACUGUUGAACCAGACAUAUUUGUAAGUCAUUACACAGUUUCUUCUUCUUUAGUUUCCAUUCAGACAUCCACAAAAUAAAAGUUUAAUGUUUGUUGAACACAUGUCUUUGUUUCUACAAGAUUCUCAAGUCUUGAACCGUGUUUAUAUAUUUCUUGAAGUUUGUA